AUGUCUAACAAGCUUGUCGUCGUUUGCGGGGCUACUGGCGGUCAAGGUGGAUCUGUCGUCAAAGCUCUCCUCGCUGACGGGCGGUUCGCUAUCCGCGGCCUCACGCGAGAUGUCGACUCGGCUGCGUCCAAGGCGCUCGCUGCCCAGGGGGUGGAAAUGGUCUUUGGACUUCCUGCGGAUAAGGACACUCUUCUGAAGGCGUUCAAGGGGGCAUAUGCUGUCUUCGGCGUGACGAUUCCUGGAUUCGUUCCCGGUCCGCCUAACGACUACGAUCAAGGCAAGAACAUCGUGGAUGCCUGCAAGGCGAACGACGUCCCGCUCUUUGUCUGGUCUUCCCUGCCCCACGUCUCGGAGUCGUCUGGCGGCAAGUACACCAUGGUGACGGCAUUCGACCAGAAGGCCGAAGUGGACAAGUACAUCAAAUCAGUGGAACAGCCGGCAGUGGUCCUUAAGACCGGUGGCUUCGUGAGCAAGUGCAUCUUUCCCAUCCUUCUCAUUAUAAAUGUCUCACUCUCCCGCCAGCACAAUCAACUUCCGUCAGCUGCGACGUGA